AUGGCUAGAGCCCUCCUUAUUCUUUCUACUUUUCUUCUAAUCUUCUUCACACUCAUCUUUGCAAACCCUAAUCAAUAUUUCUCCGAAACCCUAGCUCCGUCUUCUCUAGAGCUCAAAAAAGAGAAGCUAACCCACCUUCACUUCUACUUCCAUGACAUAAUUACAGCAAAACACCCAACAGCCAUCCAAAUCACUCGGGCAGCCUCAACCAACACGUCAGCAACUUUCUUUGGCGGCGUUUGGAUGAUGGACGAUCCGUUGACGGUUGAGCCUAAUCUCAACUCGAAGAUUGUGGGAAGAGCACAAGGGAUUUAUGCUUCUGCAUCACAAAGUGAGGUAGGGUUUUUGAUGGUAUUAAAUUUUGCUUUCACCGAAGGCAAGUUCAAUGGAAGUAACUUGAGUGUCCUGGGGCGAAAUGCGGUUUUUUCUACGGUGAGGGAAAUGCCGAUCGUCGGUGGCAGUGGCGUUUUCCGAUUUGCUCGUGGCUAUGCUCAGGCGAGGACUCACUCCUUUGAUUCGAAAAGUGGUAAUGCUAUUGUGGAGUAUAAUGUUUAUGUCUUUCAUUAUUGA